AUACCUCAAUGUUUGAGUAACUUAAAGAUAGUGAAUCUCAGGAAGAACAGCUUAGAUGGAAGCAUACCUGACGAGUUCCACAGUGGUGCUUUGACGCAGACGCUUGACGUUGGCUUCAAUAGACUAACGGGGAAGCUCCCAAGAUCGCUUUUGAACUGCUCCUUUCUGAGGUUUCUAAGUGUUGACAACAACAUAAUUGAAGACACGUUUCCUUUCUGGCUUAAAGCUCUACCAAAUCUGAAAGUCUUCACUCUCCGCUCAAACAGAUUCUUUGGCCAGCUCUCUCCUCCUGAUCAAGGUCCCCUCGCGUUUCCCGAGCUACAUAUACUUGAACUAUCGGAUAACAGAUUCACAGGGAGCCUGCCAACAAACUACUUUGUUAACUGGAAAGCAUCAUCAGUAAAGAUAAAUGAAGAUGGGAGUAUAUAUAUGGGAGACUACAAGAAUGCUUAUUAUAGCUAUGUAGAUACUUUGGAUUUGCAGUACAAAGGUCUGUUCAUGGAGCAGGGGAAUGUCCUUACUUCCUACAGCACCAUUGAUUUCUCCGGAAACAAACUCGAAGGACAUAUUCCUGAAUCCAUUGGUCUUUUGAAAGCAUUGAUUGCGCUUAACCUAUCAAACAACGCCUUCAUAGGCCAUAUUCCUCUGUCUUUGGCAAAUGUUUCGGAGCUCGAGUCACUAGACCUGUCAAGAAAUCAGUUAUCAGGGAGUAUUCCUAGAGAACUCGGGAGCCUCUCGUUCUUGGCGUAUGUAAGUGUGGCUCAUAACCAGCUCACAGGUGAAAUACCACAAGGACCACAGUUUAGUGGGCAAGCUGAGACAUCAUUUGAAGGCAAUGAAGGUCUGUGUGGUCUUCCUCUCCAAGGAAAUUGCCUUUCGCCACCAACACAACAGCCUAUGGAAGAAGACAAAGAAGAAGAGGAAGGAGUCUUAAACUGGAAAGCAGUGGUUAUAGGGUAUGGUCCUGGAUUCUUGUUUGGAUUAUUAAUAGCUCACGUUAUUGCUUCAUACAAGACAAAGUGGUUUGUUAAGAUAGUUGGUCCGGAUAAUCACAAGGAAGUGGAUCCAGUAAGCUUGUUUAUGUCUCUCGAUUCAAGAUGUGACAGUUUCAAUAAUAAGAGAGUGAUGUAGAAAAGUAUUAUGUGAAUAAUAAGAAUAGUGUAGAAAGUAGUGUGUUGAUAAUUUGUUAGGGAUGUAAGAAAGAGGGCUUACCAGUUUAUGUAUCCUAUGUUCUCUCACAUGGAAUCUCUUUAUUGGCGGAUGAUGUUCUGAAAAGGCUUAUUAUACACUGUUUCUGUGGUA